AUGUCUGCCUCACCAGAAUCUAGUCCGGCCAAUGGACAUGUGUCGCCCGUCGCAAACUCCGUUGCUGUUCAACUACUCGACCCAGAGCCCAGCGACAGCGAUCUGUCCGACGUCCAGGCCCCCGACGUCGCUUCUCCCUCCUCCGAUUCUGCGAACAACUUCGACUCGACGGCUCUCGAUGGGCCGGCCGAUGAUUUUGAUGGAGCAUCAAGCCCUAGUAACAAUGGAGCCUCUGAUGAUGCCGACUUCGAUGAAGUGGUCGACAGUCCAGCUUCCCCUCGCAGCAAUGGCCCGGAUGCGGGUGCCGCGUCUGCUUCUGACGACUCCCGGACAGCUUCCAAGCGCAAGGCCGGCGCCAGCCUCGAGGAAGACUACAUGAGGGAGAAUCCGGAACUCUAUGGCCUGAGACGAAGUUCCCGUCCGCAACAGCGCAAGAUGAUUGUCGGCGCAGAUGAGGAAAGUUCAGAAUCCGACUCCGUUAUCGUUCAUCGGAGAGUUGCUAAGAAGCGACGGACGGAAAGAUCGUUGCCUUCCUCGAAACGAGACACCCCUCUGCGGCAUACAUCGGUUGAUGAUUCCGACUCUGACACGUACGGCGGCGCUCGAGCCCGCGCGAUGCAAAAGAAAGCUCGUCGACAAGCUGUUGCGCAACCUGCAUUGGCGCUCGUCGAGAAGAGGUGGAACAGCCGGAGAGCUGCUCAGGUCACGGCUGGCGCCUAUCAAGAGAGCGAAGCUGAGCUAGAUGAUGACUCGGACACCCCAGCCCACUGGGCAGGGGCUGAGCUAGAGGAUAACUCGCCCUACAUCGAAAAGAUCAUUCGGCACGAAUUGAAAGAAGGCGCCGAGUGGAGUCCAGAUCUGACCCGACAUGAUUUCAAGUAUUACAUCAAAUGGCAAGGCAUGUCCCAUUUGCAUGACACAUGGGAAACCACCGAGAGUGUCGCAGGCUUUCGAGGCUUUCGCCGGCUGGAGAACUACUACAGGAAGUUCGUCGAAUUCGAACUGAGCAUGCGAUAUGAAGAAGACGAUAUCAGCCCCGAGCAAAGGGAGCAGUACAUCCUCGACCGUGAGCGCGAGAACGAGGCCCUCGAGGAUUACACCAAUGUCGAGCGCGUUGUCGCCGUGCGUGAUGGUGAGGAGGACACCGAGUAUCUGAUCAAAUGGAAAGGCCUGCAGUAUGACGAGUGCACCUGGGAGACAGCUGCCGAUGUUAGCGAGCGGGCCCAAGACAAGAUUGACCAGUUCAUCGAUCGGUCACAACGGAGCUGGCAAUCAGAUCGAAAGGAGUCGAACCCCGACACGAGAGGCCGUAUGACCAAGCUUGAGCAUCAGCCGUCUUACAUUACGAAUGGGGAACUGCGAGAGUUCCAGAUGAAGGGCUUGAACUUCCUUGCACUCAACUGGACCCGGAGCAACAAUGUCAUCCUCGCCGACGAAAUGGGCCUGGGAAAGACUGUCCAGAGUGUAUCCUUUCUCAGCUGGCUGCGCAAUGACCGUGACCAAGAAGGUCCAUUCCUAGUUGUCGCCCCACUCAGUGUUAUUCCGGCCUGGUGUGAUACCUUCAAUCAUUGGGCCCCCGACUUGAACUAUGUCGUCUAUCUGGGCCCCGAAGCCGCGCGCUCAACCAUUCGCGAACAUGAGCUUAUGGUCAACAACAAUCCGAAGAAGACAAAAUUCAACGUUCUUGUCACCUCUUAUGAUUACAUUCUUCUUGACUCGGAUUUCUUGAAGACCAUCAAGUGGCAAGUGCUUGCUGUCGACGAAGCUCAUCGGUUGAAGAACCGGGAGUCGCAGCUUUACGCUAAGCUCGUGAGCUUCAACGUUCCUUGCAAGGUCUUAAUCACUGGCACACCUAUCCAGAACAAUCUGGCCGAGCUGUCCGCCCUGCUGGACUUUUUGAACCCGGGCAAGGUUCUCAUCGACGAGGAACUAGAGCUUCUCGGACAGUCAGAGAAACAGGAAGUCAUUGACGAGGAGAAGGAUGAGGAGCAGCGCCGGCAGACCCAGGAAAAGCUUGGUCAGCUGCAUAAGGCGAUUGCUCCAUUCAUCCUCCGUCGAACCAAGGAGACAGUUGAGUCCGACCUGCCGCCAAAAACGGAAAAGAUCAUUCGGGUGGAGCUAUCUGAUGUGCAGCUGGAUUACUAUAAGAACAUUCUGACACGCAACUACGCGGCGCUCACGGAUGCUAGCGGCCAAAAGCAGUCUCUGCUGAACAUCAUGAUGGAGCUGAAGAAGAUCAGCAAUCAUCCAUACAUGUUUCAAGGAGCUGAGGAACGGGUGCUGAAUGGCAGUACGCGCCGAGAGGAUCACAUCAAGGGUCUGAUCACAAGCAGUGGCAAAAUGAUGCUGCUUGACCAGCUUUUGACCAAGCUCAAAAAAGAUAACCACCGAGUACUGAUUUUCAGCCAAAUGGUCAAGAUGCUGGACAUACUUGGGGAUUACCUGCGUAUACGUGGGUACCCGUUCCAGAGACUCGAUGGUACCAUUCCUGCUGGGCCUCGGCGCUUGGCCAUCAACCAUUUCAACGCCGAAGGCAGCGAUGACUUCUGCUUCCUUCUCUCGACGCGGGCUGGCGGUCUCGGAAUCAACCUUAUGACAGCAGACACUGUAAUCAUCUAUGACUCAGAUUGGAACCCUCAGGCCGACCUUCAAGCCAUGGCUCGAGCACACCGUAUCGGCCAGAAGAGGCCUGUCAGUGUGUACCGUCUUGUCGCAAAACAGACUAUUGAAGAAGAGGUCGUCAAGAGGGCUCGUAACAAGCUUUUCUUGGAGUAUCUCACGAUACAGGCUGGCGUGACUGACGAGGGCAAGGCUCUGCGCGAGAAGUUCCAGGAACGAGGCGUGAAGGUAGAUGAGGCCAAGACGUCCGAAGACAUCCAGAUGAUUUUGAAGAUGCGUUCUCAGAACCUGUUUGAGCAGUCUGGUAAUCAAGAGAAGCUGGAAAAGCUCGACAUCGACGCCAUUCUGGAGCAGGCGGAAGAGACUAAGACUGCCGUCGAUGAUAAGCUCAACCUCAGCUCAGGAGGAAUCGACUGGGACAACUGGAUGCAAGUCACCGACGUCAAAGUCGACGAGAUGGCCCUCGAUUGGGAUCAGAUCAUUCCUGCCGACCAGCUCGCUGUCAUCAAGGCCGAUGAGGAGAAGAAACAGAACGAUGCCUAUCUCGCCAAGGCGAUGGAAGAGAACGCACCUCGAAAGGCUGCAUUAAAGGGCGCUAAGAAGGGGUCAGACGCUGACAGGGCCGACCGACUGGCGAAGAAACGAGAGCGUGAGAGGCAAGAGCUUGAAGAACUCGAGGAGCAGCGUGCUCUCCUUUCCGACCCAAGGCGGCCAUUAAACGAGAAGGAGACUCGCAAUCUGAUUCGUGCCUUCUUUCGCUAUGGCUCAAUGGACGAUCGCGGUGACGAAGUAGUCCACGAGGCUCGCUUAUCUGACCGUGACCGUGACUUUCUUCAUGAGAUCAUCGACGAUCUCAUUGGUCACAGUCAAACCGCUGUUGACCUCAGUAACGAGAAAGUUCGCGAGGAAGAAGAACGGACAGGCAAGUCACUGGCCAAGAAGGACAAGAAGGCCGUGCUUGUUGAUUUCGGGGAAGUCAGGAAGGUCAACGCUGAAACUGUUGUUGAGAGGCCUCCUCAGCUGAAACUUCUUCGCAACGUACUGGGCGAGCAUGCCAAUCCCCUCACUUUCCGCUUGCCCGAGGCUGCGAAGGCCGCACACUACACCUGCGAAUGGGGAGCUCGGGAGGAUGGCAUGCUGUUGAUCGGCAUUGACAGAUACGGCUUCGGAGCAUGGACUCAAAUCAGGGAUGACUCGGACCUGCAGAUGCACGACAAAUUCUUCUUAGAGGAGCAUCGUGUGGACAAGAAAGAGGAGCGCAAGAAGGGUGACGACAAGAGCAUCCAGUCCCCGGGUGCGGUCCACCUAGUCCGCCGAUCCGAAUACCUGCUCUCCGUCUUGAUGGCGAAGUACUCUGACGAUGCCGCCGCCAAGAAAGCGGUCGAAAAUCACCAUCGCAGUAAGAAGAACCUCGUCUUGAAUGGGCAUCGCCGCAGCGACGUUCACUCUGCUUCAGGGUCUCCAGCCCCUCAACUCAUCAAGAAAUCUGGACACAAUAGAGACCGCAAUAGAGAGCGUCUGCAUAGCGAUCAUCAUAGAUCUCGGAGCAUCGCGGACGAACGUGGCACUCCUCGGCCCGAGCACAAGAGGAAGCAUACAGACGACUACGAGGACCGCCACAGCAAGCAUCGGCGAAUGGACCAUGCACAUGGCGACAGCAGACAUGGGUCGGAUAAGCAUGCCAAGGACGACAAGGCUCGCACGAAGCUUGAUUCCGAGGCUCUUGAUCGUCUCAAUAGAAGACGUGAGGAAGCUGUUCAGCGAUUCAACCGCUUAAUGGAGCUCGACGACAACAAACUUGAUGUACAGGACAACGAACAGCUGAUCUGGUCUUUGUUGAAGCCAGUUCGGGGGAACUUCAAGCGUAUUAUGUAUACGACACAGGAUCACAUCGCAUCGGCGAAGGAGCGUGCCAAAAUAAUGGGUACUGAGCUCCGACACAUUGGUAAUCAUCUUACUGGUCUGAAGGAUGCCGGACUCCCUGCUGAGCAGCUCGACGGAUUGAUGCCCCAGUUCUGGGAUUUCCUCUCUACUGUCUGGCCCAUCGGCGAAAUUGAGGUGACAGGUGACAAGCUCGCCAAAAUGUACCGAACACUCACAGACAAGGACAAAGGAAAGGACAAGAGAGAAGGCGGAGACAAAAAAUCAGCCAAGAAGCGAGACGAUCUCGAAGACGGUGAGAUCGACGAUGAGGAUGAAGCACAUCGUCAAGCGCGUAAGGAGGCGCGUCGCGACCCAAGUGAAGACACCCGGCGUGAAUACCGACAAAGCGACUACAGACACCGUGCUUAUGAGAACGGAGACCGCCUGAGCUUUAGGAAAGACCGGGAUCGUUCUCUGACCGACCGAGGUCUCGCCGACCGCGGCAGGCCAUCGUGGUCACCAAGUAAUCAACACCGGCCCAGCCCGUACUAG